CCAUAUGUAACAGCUGAACGUUUCAUGUAUACAUAUCAUGUAUGAAAUAAGAAUAAAAUGUGAAUGUAAUUAGGUUUUGUACAGAUUAAUUAAAAAUAGGAGUUUUGCGGUCCGAGUGACAGUUUAAGGUGAUUUAUAUCAUCGGGCUGUAUAAUAUAAUCGGGAUGUGUUAAGUAACAAUCGUAUCUAACGUUGAAAGAUCUACACGUAACUGGUCCGUCGCCGUCAAUUUUUAAACCAAAAGAAAAAUGUCCUUCAAUUAAAGAGGACGGGAAAACAUGAUUUUAUGUUAACAUUUAGAUGUAAUUUGUUUCCUUUUGGAUGUGCAAACUGUAGUGAAGUUUAGCUGUGUUUUGAGGAAGGACUUCUAAGCAAGAUAUGUAAUAAUGUUACUUUCAUUAGUAAAACAAUCAAUUCUUGCGAAAUAGAUGAUGUAUUUGACAUGCACCUUGGAUUAUUUCAUAACAAAUGAUUUAAUUAGAAUAUUUUGUAUUUUACAAUGAAAUAUAAUGUUGAAAGCGGUGUAUGAAGUUGUUUUGGAGUAAUUGUAUACACUAGUGAAGAUAUGACACACGUACGAACGUAACGUACUUUUCGAGUAAUUAUUUAUUACUGAAUCUGACAAAACUUGUACGACACUGUGUUGUGUGACUGUUCAAGCAGACGACAAUUACUGCUCAAACAUUUGGAUCUAGAUGUCCUUCUGCGGAUGGGAGACAUGUCAUAAACCAGACAGUUGUUUCUGUUCCCAUUUACAUGUUGUUAACAGCGAAAAACCUGACAAAAGAACACCAGAGUGACAAUCUUUAUACACGGCUCAUUUUGUUUACGAAGUUUGAAAAGUAGGUUGAAAAAUUACUGCGUUAAAGAUUUGGGCAUCUCCAUCUUCUUUCUAAAUAAAGUGAAAUGCUAACAUUAGUACCAAAAAUAUCUUCUUUUUUGUAUAUGAUGCACUUUCUGGAGUUUGUAUUGUGGUGAGGAUGGUGCAGUUUUUAUCGUAGCUUCAGUCACGUUAUUUACGUUGAUAAAACAAAUGGACCGUUAUUUCAAUUAUGAAUUUAAGUGUGAACAAACGUAUUCAUUUGUAUAUAUGUGGUUGAUAACUUUAAACAUGUUUUAUGAGUUAAAAAAGGACGGAUUUACAAGGUAAGAUGGAGUAAGAUAUAUUCAAAGGUUAAUUAACAGGAUAGCUAAACCGUGAACUGCAUAAACAAGACUUAACAUUAGAAGCAACAGCGAUAACAACAGCAAAAAUACAACAAACAACAGCAAAUAUAACAACAACAACAACAAUAGCAGCUACCAGAUAAAUUUUAAGAAAUAGUGAUCAAGAAAUCUGUGAACCAAGCUAAGCUGCCAGAUUAGUUUAAAGAAAUAGUGACAAAAAAAAUCUGUGAACCAAGCUAAGUUGCCAGAUAAGUUUAAGGGAAUAGUGACCGAGAAAUCUGUGAACCAAGCUAAGCUGCCAGAUAAGUUUAAGGAAAUAGUGAUCAAGAAAUCUGUGAAUCAAGCUAAGGUUACAAGAUGACUAUAAUCUAUCAAUACAAAGUUGCCACGACCUCGUUUUUCGGCUUCUUCAAGUUGCUGAGGAGAUGGAGGGGCAGCGUUUACAAACUGAUGUUCAAGGAAACAAUUAUAUUUUGUGCCUUGUAUACAAUUAUUAGCCUUGUUUACAGGCUUGCGUUAGAUAGCUACCAGAGAAGCGUGUUUGAAAAAAUUGUUGUUUACUGUAACAGCUACACGAACUUAAUACCGGUAUCAUUUGUGCUCGGGUUCUACGUGUCUGUGGUUGUAACAAGAUGGUGGCAACAAUUUACAAACGUUCCCUGGCCAGACAGAACACUUUACAUACUGGGAAGCUAUCUGGUUGGCCUGGACGAACAUGGACGGAUAUACAGAAGAACUGUGGCCAGAUACAUGUUGUUUGGGCUUAUCUUGAUCCUCAGGUCCGUCAGUGUGUCCGUUAUGAAGAGGUACCCAACCAUGGAACAUAUUGUCGAUGCAGGUUUUAUAACACACGAGGAAGUAGUCAUGUAUGAGCAUGUGGAGUGUAAAUACAACAAGUUCUGGGUGCCACUAGUUUGGGCGAACAGUGUGCUAACACAAGCCAGGAAAGAGGGCAGAAUAGAAUCGGAAAUCGGCUUUCGUUUAAUUAUGGAACAAAUCGCUGAUUUCCGAGACAAGUGCUCCUUGUGUUUUGUUUACGACUGGAUCACGAUCCCUCUUGUCUAUACACAGGUGGUGACUUUGUCAGUGCAUAUAUUCUUUGGAGCGUGUUUGAUUGGUCGGCAGUAUGUUCAGAACGACGAGGCCCAUCCGGAUUUCUACAUCCCCUUCUUUACCUUGCUGCAGUUUUUCUUCUAUAUGGGAUGGCUUAAGGUUGCAGAACAGAUGAUAAACCCGUUUGGCGAGGAUGAUGAUGAUUUCGACCUGAACUGGCUCAUUGAUCGACAUACAGCUGUUGCAAUGUGUUUAGCUGACCAGUGUCACGCGAACUAUCCACCACUGACUAAAGACGCUCAUUUCAACGAACUCACGACCGAACUUCCAUAUACCGAAGCAUCUAUGUCAUCAAAAAGACCAAUUUUCUUAGGAUCAACUUUUAAUUUAGAACGGCCAUCUAUACAUGAUCAGAGGAUCAUGCCAUUAUCUCAUCUCGCUGCUGGGCACGAGGGUCAUCACUUCGGAUUAAGACAAAGGUCCAACACAGGGCCCAGGCAUAACACAGGAUCAGUGUGGAGCUUGUUUGGUUUUAAACCAAAUCUUCAGAGAGGAGGUUUUGGUGGGUCGCGUGACACAUUAAAAUCAAAUUCAACCAUGGUGAACGGUCAUGCCGGUUUUGGGCCACUAAAUUAUUCGAACCCACACGAUCCAGUGCAACGGGAACAUAGAGACAGCAGGGGUAGUCGAGGCAGUGGGGGUUCACGGUUGGAUAUGUUUAUACCACCGAAGGACGAACUUCCUCCAGAGUAUGUUCCCUUGAAACGUGCGCGCGCAACUACAGACGCUCCACAUCGGCCAUUACAGCGCGUGGUUGAUAACGAUCGAGAGAGAAAAUGGAGUUUUCCACUGAGUUUACUGAGAAAGAAACAACAAAAAGAUAUCAUGGAAAGAGGUGUUUCUGUUUCAUCUUCAAUUUCUCAAGACGCUCAAUCAAGAGAGGAUUUAGAACCACUUCUUACUCCGCCUUUACAACGAAGUCGUUUCGUGGUCGAGUCUGUACCAGGUGAUAACAGCAACAUUGAUGCAUCGAAGCAAGCAAGAAACAAACAACUCCUUGACAAACACAUGGCAUAUAUGGCAGUAUCAAGACCUCCUGUCCUGUCCGCCAUUGAAGAAGGCAAUACUAUACGAAGCGUUAAGGAUUUAAUACCCUCACCAUCCUCGCACUCACUGGAAACGAUGGACGAAAAUCCCCGCUAUGCAGAUGGAGACGUUCCUAUUCCAACCACUAUCGAAGAAGAAGACGACGACGAGGACGUCUUUCAUCAGGAGAAAAAUGUUGACAGAUUUGAACCAGCCGACAACACAACUGAUAUAGAAAUACUGCAAACAAAUGAGACCUUUAAACAAAUAAUGUUUCCUACAAACGAAACGCAACAGUCAGAACUUUUCCAUGUAAAUGAAACUACAAAAGACGAAGAAAUACAGAAUAAACGAACAAACGAAGUCGAAAUGACACAAUUUCAAACUGUACCGGAAACAGAAGAGACACACAACUUUGACCGUGAAGAAAUUUCAGCAUCCGGGGAGUUUGUAUAUAUAGAUACGGAGGAAAACCAAAGUAUAAGUGCCUCUGCGUCUUCAACUGAUUUACAGUCAUACACAGUACCUUCAAUUGUAUUACCGGAUGAUCUUUAACUUCAAGAUAGUUUAAUGUCCAUGUGUUCUAUAAUCACCCAACAAAGUUGACACCGUGUCGUCUGAUGUUUUAACUAUUGGAAUUAUAUAAAUAACUGCAGGUUUCCAUCAAUAUGACAGAGGAAAGAUUCAGUUUUCUGGGGAGUGUAAUUUUAGCUUCAGUAUGUUGAUUGAGUCAUUUAACUUUGCAUUUUUCUGCUGAGGACAGAUUGCAGGCUAACUAGGACCAUGAUAUCAGUUUAUACCAGUGAAUAAAGCGCGAAUCGUUGAUUUUAAAUUGUGUAGGAGCAUCCCAACAUUUUCAAAAUUUAGAAAGAACUUUCGUUUGUGAGUAAUUGUAAAUAAAAUGUUAAGAAAUUGA